UCCAAGGAACUCCUGUCUAGGUGGAGACACUAGGUUGAUUGUGAAGAAGAUGGCUACUAAUGUGAACAUUUCUGGGAAAGAAUUUGAGCAGCAUAGAUCUGAGAGUGAUGGUGCAAAGGCCUUUGGUCGGAACUCAGAUGUCAUUAGGCAUCAGAAUAUUCAAAAUGAAAAAAAGUUUUAUAAAUGUAAUCAGUGUGGAAACACAUUCACAGAGAGUUCGAAUCUUGCUAAGCAUCAGAGAAUCCACACUGGAGAGAAACCUUAUGAAUGUGAUCAGUGUGGAAAGGCUUUCAAAAGGAAAUCCCAUCUUGUUGUACAUCAGAGAAUCCACAGUGAAGAGAAACGUUAUGAAUGUCAUCAGUGUGGAAAGACUUUCAGAGAGAAUUUCAGUCUUGCUGUACAUCAGAGAAUCCACACUGGAGGGAAACCUUAUAAAUGUAAUCAGUGUGGAAAGGCUUUCAAAGUGAGCUCUAGUCUUGUUGUACAUCAGAGAAUCCACACUGGAGAGAAACCUUAUGAAUGUCAUCAGUGUGGAAAGACUUUCAGAGAGAAUUCCAGCCUUGCUAAGCAUCAGAGAAUCCACACUGGAGAGAAACCUUAUAAAUGUAAUCAGUGUGGAAAGGCUUUCACACAGAGCUGCAGUCUUGCUGUACAUCAGAGAAUCCACACUGGAGAGAAACCUUAUGAAUGUGAUCAUUGUGGAAAGGCUUUCACAGUGAGCUCUACUCUUGCUGCACAUCAGAGAAUGCACACUGGAGAGAAAUGUUAUGCAUGUAAUCAGUGUGGAAAGACUUUCACAGGGGAAUCCCAUCUUGUUGUACAUCAGAGAAUCCACACUGGAGAGAAACCUUAUGAAUGUAGUAAGUGUGGAAAAGCUUUCAAAGCGAACUCCCAUCUUGUUGCACAUCAGAGAAUCCACACUGGAGAGAAACCUUAUGAGUGUCAUCACUGUGGAAAAGCUUUCAAAGUGAGCUCCCAUCUUAUUGUUCAUCAGAGGAUGCACACUGGAGAGAAACCUUAUGAAUGUCUUCAGUGUGGAAAGGCUUUCAGAGAGAGGUCCAACCUUGCUGCACAUCAGAGAAUCCACACUGGAGAGAAACCUUAUCAAUGCAAUCAGUGUGGAAAGACUUUCAGAGAGCGUUCCAGUCUUACUGUGCAUCAGAGAAUCCACACUGGAGAGAAACCUUGUAAAUGUAAUCAGUGUGGAAAGGCUUUCACAGAGAGUUCCAGUCUUGCUCAGCAUCAGAAAACCCACACUGGAGAGAAACCUUAUAAAUGCAAUCAGUGUGGAAAAGCUUUCAAAAUGAACUCCAAUCUUGCUGUACAUCAGAGAAUCCACACUGGAGAGAAACCUUAUAAAUGUCAUCAGUGUGGAAAGACUUUCAGAGAGAAUUCCAGCCUUGCUAAGCAUCAGAGAACCCAUACUGGAGAGAAACCUUAUAAAUGUUAUCAGUGUGAGAAGGCUUUCAGAAUGAGCUCCCAUCUUGUUGCACAUCAGAGAAUCCACACUGGAGAGAAACCUUAUGAAUGCAAUCAGUGUGGAAAGGCUUUCAAAAUAAACUCCAAUCUUGCUACCCAUCAGAGAAUCCACACUGGAGAGAAACCUUAUGAAUGCAAUCAAUGUGGAAAGGCUUUCACAAACAGUUCCAGUCUUGCUGCACAUCGGAGAGUCCACACUGGAGAGAAACCUUACAAAUGUAAUCAGUGUGGCAAGGCUUUCACACAGAGCUCCAGUCGUGCUAAACAUCAGAGAAUCCACACUGGAGAGAGAAACCUUAUGGAUGUAAUAAGCGUGGAAAGACUUUCAUAGGGGAAUCCCAUCUUGUUGUACAUCAGAGAAUCCAUACUGGAGAAUAACCUUAUGAAUAAUAAGUGUGGAAAGGCUUUCACAC